CCUCAUCUCUCCCCUCCAUCCACUCCCCAUCCACUCACCUUGACUUGCCCCUCCCCCGCACUCGCUGUCGAUGAAUCUGUCCCAGCAAAUACAAAUAGAGCGCUUGCGGGAACUUGGCAUACCGGAAAAGACAGCCAAGUUCGCACUUGAGAGUAAAGGCGGGAACUUCUUGGGGGCUGCAGACUAUGCUUUGUCUGGAGAAGCAGCCAACGCCGAGAAUGCACUCAGCCGAAGCACGUCAAGACAGUCUGACUCGGGCACCAAUGUCAAGUCGCCCACGGAGACCAUCACGUCGCCCCGCGCGCAGGGCGGUUCCUUCUCGCGCAUGUCGCUCAGCUCGGUGAUGGGCGGCCUCUCUUCGCUCUCGCUCUCGCGCGGCGACGACAAGGAGCGUGGCCGGAGCGAGAAGAAGGACAAGGACAAGAGCAGCGGGCUUGGCUUCCGCUCGAACUCGUUCUCAGGCACGACCGGCGACGCGCAGGACGGCGCGCGAGGCCGCGCACGCAGCCAGUCACCCUUCCGGCUGCGGCGCCUCCGCACGCGCGACGUCUCGCCGAACGUCGAGGCACUGUCUUAUUCGGACGCCGAGUCAGAUUCGGAGGCGCCCCAGAUCCGCCCCCGCAACGCGUUCUCGCUCGGCGUGACAUCAGACGACGAGGAUGCGGAUGACUCAGAGGAGGAAGAAGAGUCGGAGGAGGAAUGGAGUGGUGAGGAGAAGGACCAGUUCGACCCUGUCACGGAGCGCAACACAGAGCGCAACGCGCUCAUCCCCGCGGAGCUGGCUGACCAGGAUGUCGUCGACGUGCCCGACCCGCUGGGCGAGGGUGUGAACGUCGUCGUACCGCCGGAGCCCUACUUCCCCUCGACCCUGAACCACAGCACGCACAACCCUCGCCGUAGGAAGUCCAUGCGCCCGGACCCUCUGCCGCUCGAUACUUCCCGGCCUGUCUUCCAGCGCGACAGGUGCACGAUCACGAUCACGCAUGGAAGCCCAGCUCGUGUGCUCGGGGAGACGGGCAGGAGGAACAAGCGGUAUGUCCUCGCGAGUGAUCUGAGUGACGAGAGUCGCUACGCGCUUGAGUGGGGCAUUGGCACGGUUCUGCGGGAUGGUGAUGAGAUGCUCAUCAUCACGGUCAUCGAGAAUGAGAGCAAAAUCGAUCCUCCCGUCCCGAACCAAGCUGACCGUGCAGCCAAGUUGCGCGCUCAGCAAGAGCGGCAAGCAUUGGCAUACAUUCUCGUCCGUCAAACCGUCAGCCUCCUCCAGCGCACACGACUGCACGUUACCGUGUCAUGUCAGGCAUGGCAUGCGAAGAACCGGAAACACAUGAUACUGGACAUUGUCGACUACGUUGAGCCCACGAUGCUGAUUGUCGGUUCGCGGGGUCUGGGCCACUUGAAAGGCAUUCUUCUCGGUUCCACGUCCCACUACCUGGUACAGAAAUGCUCAGUACCAGUCAUGGUCGCACGCAGACGGCUCAAGCGUCCUCCACGCCGUUCCGCUCAUCUCGCUCCGCACCGUGCCCGUGUCUCGCUCGCGCAAGCCGCCGGUGUCGAUCGGAUGGCGCCCAAAGUCGACCAGGACGUCGCAGACAUGCGUGACCAGAUGCAACGCGAGGAGAAAGACGGGAAGGAUACGCCCCCGCACCCGGAGGCGGACGAUGAUCCUGACACUGAGGCGGAGGGUGUCGAGGAUGCGCUGGGCCGGAAGGUUGCUGGCAAUUAGAUACGUGUGGGCUUGCGUGAGGAAGAUGGUUCGCAGCAGGAUGGGAGUAUGGACAGUGAGCGGACUCAGAAAGCGUCGUUAGACAGUUAUUCCGGCAUAGAUUAUUGAGUGUUGUGGUGGCUGCUCGUGUACAUUGCAUGCGGAAAUACAUUACCUGUAUUCUAUGAUAAUCUAU